UACAGUUCCCAGGGAGGAGCGGGCGGACGCGAGGUAGGGCCGCGGUUUCUGGGCGGGGGGUACGAACGAGAGCCGGUCGCGCGGUCGGCGGCCGCCGCCAACGGCUGCUCCUGCGCCCGCGCGCUCAGGCUUUGCUCCAGCUUGGAUAUGGCGGUGCCCUGCGUGUUCCUUCUAACUGUGCUGGGAGCAGAAGUCACCAGCAAAUCCUCCGACAGCUUGGAAUCGGAUGCAGAAUGCUGCAUGGACGCGAUGGAAGCCAACAGCACCUGCCUCGCCAACACCCAGUGCACUCCAGGCUGCUACAGGCGGUGGAACGAAGACGGCAGCAGCAGCUGCGUGAAAUGUGAGAACAACAAAACCCUCCCUGCGGCUCCAGUGUACAACCUGACGGACUGUCAAAACGAUGCAGCCAGGGAAUUCAGUCCAGUGUCCAACAUAACCACCGUAACCCCAGAGACCCUCGGCGUGGGAGGCCCAGAAGUUGCGGCUUCCCUAAUUUUGGGCACCUUUGUGAUCAGCCUCUUCCUCAUCCUCUGCGUUGCGUCUUUCUUCUACCUCAAACGUGCCAAUAAACUCCCCAGUCUCUUCUAUCGAAGAAGCAAAGGGUCCAUUGUACAGUCUGCUGAAUCAGCAUCCAUGUUGUCCCCACCUUCUUCAAUCCGGAAACCCCGCUACGUCCGAAGGGAUCGUUCGCUCGCCAGCUCCACCACCAGCACGACUCUGUCCGCCGAGACCCGGGUCAGCAACGUGUAGCCGUCGGGACUUGUACAUACGAGGAAGGCAGCCAUCGAGUCGCUGGGAAAGCACCUAAGAAGAGAAUUGGUGGCGGGGGGCCAGCCGGCUUUCGUGCGAGGAGCGGACUUGUACCCGAUCGGCAGGAAGCGGGGACUCCAACGUUUGCUUAGCCCUAGGAGACGGACGUUUCGGACGACCCUGGUUGCCAAGCCCCUUCGCUCCGGACCCUGUGAUUUCUCCGGUUGGGCCAGCAGGGAACCGCCCGGAGGAAAUGGCCGUGCUCCAAGGGAAACUCAAGUGCCAUAUUUUGGGGUGCGUUUUUGGAAACAAAACGGCACCCUCUGCUUUCCGGAGGGGUGAGGGGGUGGUUCUCUCAGACGCGGAGUAGGCUGCUUGGAAGCACAUCACGUCCCUUCUUCCCGUUGCAUCAUUUUUCCUAGAGUUUGACCGAGGCCUUAAAGCUCAAGGCAGCCUUGCCACUUUUGAGCACUCAGAUUGGUUUGAUUCUCCCUUUUUAUCUUUUUC